AUGAAUUCGUAUUUCGCAAACCCGUCACUCUCCUGCCAUUUAUCCGGUGGUCAAGAUGUUUUGCCAAGCGUGCCACUAAAUUCCACCACUUAUGACACAGUGAGACAUUUUUCGUCGUAUGGGGCUGCUGUGACUCAGAAUCGGAUAUACGCAAAUCCUUUCUAUUCUCCCCAAGACAAUGUUGUUUUUGGGCCGAGUCGGGCAUCCUAUGAGUAUCAUGGAUCUAAUGUGUUUCUUCAAGACAAGGAUGGGGGUCUUGCCAGUUGCAGACAAACAACAAGCAUGGGACUGAAUGCACAAAACCACAUUGCUCAGGAGUACAGUUUGGAUCAAGCCAGAGGUGCAUCGCAGGAGCAGAAAGCUAACGUCCAGAUAUACCCGUGGAUGCAGCGAAUGAACUCUCACAGCGGAGUUGGGUAUGGGUCAGACAGACGCAGAGGCCGCCAGAUAUACUCCCGUUACCAAACACUGGAACUGGAGAAGGAAUUCCAUUUCAACCGCUACCUAACCAGACGUAGACGUAUCGAAAUAGCAAACGCUCUCUGUUUGACGGAGCGUCAGAUCAAAAUUUGGUUCCAGAAUCGUCGUAUGAAAUGGAAGAAAGAGAGCAAUCUGACGUCGACGGUGACGGGAAGUGAAUCGACAGGGGCCACGGUGGAGAAGGAACGAGACGGCGUGGAAGAGGAGAA